AUAUUUCCCGUUUUCUAACACUAUGAUUCUUUUUUUCAUUAUCUUUAGACUUUUCCUCACUCCCUCUCUUAAUUGUGAUCAGAGAAAUCAACAUCGUUAACAAUGUGACGCAUAGAGCAAAACUCUUGGCUUAGAGUAGAGUCAACAAGUCAACCAUAACUGCUUCACUUUGGAACUUAGUUUUCUCCUUUAACCAAUUUUCACAUGUUGCCAUCGUCAGUGAAAGAAAUGGAUUCCAUAAUCAUGGCUUGGUGUUGAUUAUAUCUCUCAGGAGAAUUGGUUGAAUACAGGUGAAUCCUUCCCACUCUAUUUUUGUAUUUUACUACCAAUUUUGUUGCUUUCUAUGUGUUCGCUGAAAUGUUUGAGAGGCCACUGCAUGCAUAGGAUUAGGAACUGUGUUUGACAUAUUGCUUUACUACCAAAAUGACUAAAGAUACUCUUGAAGAGUCCCUUUUGAAGGGUGAAGCUAGUGUAAGCAACAACAAUUCUGAUUCCAAAAAGGCAGAAGAAAAUGAAAUUUUAACCAGUUAUUCAAGAGCUGGAUUUUUCAGCAUUCUCACUUUCUCAUGGAUGACUCCACUUAUAAAAUUAGGGAAUAAAAAGACCUUAAACCAUCAAGACCUUCCACUUCUUUCUGCCAAUGACACUGCCUAUGGAUCUUUUUCAACUUUCAGAAAAAAGCUUGAGUUGGAGUGUGGUAAUGUUAGGACUGUGACAACUAUUAAGCUCGCCAAGGUGCUGUUUUUAUCGACAUGGAAAUGGAUUCUUAUAUCUGGCAUAUUUGCAUUCUUGUACGUGUGUGCUUCUUAUGUUGGACCUUACCUUAUUGACAACCUUGUUCAAUAUCUCAAUGAUGAAAACAAGGUUAAAAAUGAAGGCUAUGUUUUGGCUACAACAUUUGUUGUGGCGAAAGUUGUUGAGUAUCUUUCGCAAAGGCACAUGCUGUUUAAGUUCCGGCAGGUUGGUGUUAGGAUGCAAUCAAUGUUGUUGUCAAUGAUCUAUGCUAAAGGUUUGACACUUUCGUGUCAAUCAAAAGAGAGACAUAGCAGUGGCGAAAUCAUCAACUUAAUGACUGUUGAUGCUCAAAGGAUAGGUGAAUUUUGUUGGUAUAUGCAUGAUCCAUGGAUCGCUGUUCUACAAAUUUCUUUGGCUUUGUUUAUUCUUCAUAAAAAUGUCGGGGUUGCUUCAGUAGCUGCUUUUGCGGCAACUGUUAUUGUGAUGUUGCUAAACCUUCCUAUGACUUCACUGCAAGAGAGGUUCCAAGCUAAGUUAAUGGAGUUCAAGGAUAAAAGAAUGAAGGCGACGUCGGAGGUUCUAAUGAACAUGAGGAUUCUUAAACUUCAAGCGUGGGAGAUGAAGUUCUUAUCAAAGAUUAUUCAGCUUAGGAAGUUAGAGGAGAUGUGGCUAAAGAAAUUUCUGGUUGUUACCGCAAUUGUUAAAUUUCUCUUCUUUAGCGCCCCGACAUUUGUUGCUGUUGUUACUUUCGGUGCUUGUUUUCUUCUAGGCAUUCCACUUGAAACAGGAAAGAUCUUAUCUGCUCUUGCAACAUUCAGAAUUCUUCAAAUUCCUAUCUAUAAUAUUCCUGACACAAUUUCAGUGAUUGCACAAACCAAGGUUUCCCUCGAUAGGGUUGUCGUUUUUCUUCGUCUAGAUGAUUUGCAGACAGAUGUGGUGGAGAAGGUUCCGCGAGGUACUUCUGAUAUAGCAAUUGAAAUAGUUGAUGGAAAUUUCUCUUGGGAUAUAUCUUCUGUCAAUGCAACGUUGACAAACAUAAAUCUUAGAGUUUUUCAUAGUAUGAGGGUUGCUGUUUGUGGUACUGUUGGAUCAGGCAAGUCGAGUUUACUUUCUUGUAUAAUAGGUGAAAUACCAAAGAUAUCUGGUAACUUGAAGGUGUGUGGAACAAAGGCUUAUGUCGCUCAAUCACCAUGGAUACAAAGUGGAAAGAUUGAAGAGAACAUACUAUUUGGGAGAGAGAUGGAUAGGGAAAAGUAUGAGAAGGUGCUAGAAGCAUGUUCAUUGAAGAAAGACUUAGAGGUUCUACCAUUUGGGGAUCAGACCAUUAUUGGAGAAAAAGGAAUCAAUUUGAGUGGUGGACAGAAGCAAAGAGUACAGAUAGCACGUGCUCUUUAUCAAGAUGCCGAUAUAUAUCUACUCGAUGAUCCCUUUAGUGCUGUUGAUGCUCACACAGGAUCCCAUCUUUUUAAGGAGUGUUUGCUUGGCCUUUUGAAAACAAAAACUGUGAUAUACAUAACACAUCAAGUAGAGUUCUUACCGGAUGCUGAUUUGAUACUGGUCAUGAAAGAAGGAAGGAUAACUCAAUCGGGAAAGUACAAUGAUAUUCUUACGUCAGGGACCGAUUUUAUGGAACUUGUAGGCGCACAUAGAGCAGCGUUGUCUUCAGUUAAAUCCUUACAGAGAAGGUCUACAUUUAAAACAUCGCGUAUAACCGGAGAAGAUACAGGUUCAUUAAGUGAUUUUGAACUUGAGCAAGAAAUCGAAAAAGUAGAUGAUCCAAACGACAAGUUAGAUGAAACAAUUGUGCCGAAAGGCCAACUUGUUCAAGAAGAAGAAAGUGAAAAGGGUAGUGUUGGGUUUAAAUUGUUUUGGAAAUACCUAACAACAGCUUAUGGAGGGGCUCUUGUACCUUUCCUAUUUCUUUCACAGAUACUCACUGUGGUUUUACAAAUUGCAAGCAAUUAUUGGAUGGCUUUGGCAACUCCUGUUUCAGCAACUGCAGAACCUGGUGUUGAAAGCUUUACUCUGAUGGUUGUCUAUGUUUCUUUGGCAAUUGGAAUUUCCUUUUCCACCCUUGUCAGAGCUUUUCUUGCUGCGAUAGCUGGAUACAAGACCGCCACCAUGCUCUUCAAUCAAAUGCAUUUGAGCUUCUUUCGAGCGCCAAUGUCAUUUUUCGAUUCCACCCCAAGUGGAAGAAUUCUUAAUAGAGCUUCAGCAGACCAAAGUACAGUAGAUAUGGAUAUUUCAGAUCUAGUGUGGGGAUUUACCUACAAUCUGGUUCAGCUAUUGGGAAGUAUUGCUGUGAUGUCACAAGCUGCUUGGCAGGUGUUCGUAGUAUUGAUUCCUGUCGUGGCAGCUUGCAUAUGGUACCAGCGAUACUACUCAGCCUCAGCACGGGAAUUGGCACGAUUAACUGGUAUAUGCCAAGCGCCAGUAAUACAACAUUUUUCGGAAACGAUAUCUGGAUCAACAACCAUAAGAUGUUUUGAGCAAGAAUCAAGAUUUAAUGAAAUGAAUAUGCAAUUGAUAGACAAAUAUUCCCAACCUAAAUUAUACAGUUCUAGUGCAAUUGAAUGGUUGAAUUUCAGAUUGGGUAUUUUAUCCUCUACCAUAUUUGCUUUCUGCUUGGUUUUCUUGGUGUCUUUUCCAAAUUCAAUAGCUGAUCCUAGCAUUGCGGGAUUGGCAGUGACAUAUGGGAUUAGUCUUAAUGCUGUACAAUUCAAAUUAAUUUGGUUUCUUUGCAAUUUGGAGAACAAAAUUGUAUCUGUAGAAAGAAUACUUCAGUACACCUCCAUCCCAAGUGAAUCACCUCUUGUAAUAAAAGACAAUCAACCAGAUCAUUCUUGGCCAUCACUCGGAGAAGUCCAUGUCCAGGAUUUACAGGUUCAAUAUGCCCCUCACUUGCCUCUUGUUUUACGUGGACUUACAUGCACUUUUACUGCUGGAGCAAAAACUGGCAUUGUGGGAAGAACAGGAAGUGGAAAAACAACCUUAGUGCAAGCCCUUUUUAGACUUGUUGAGCCUGUUGCAGGACAAAUAUUGAUAGAUAACAUCAACAUCUCAUUGAUUGGAGUCCAUGAUUUACGGUCCAGACUAAGCAUAAUUCCUCAGGAUCCAACAAUGUUUGAAGGGACUGUGAGAAGUAACCUCGACCCGCUGGAAGAGUACACAGAUGAACAAAUUUGGGAGGCUCUUGACAUGUGCCAACUUGGAGAUGAAGUGAGAAAGAAAGAAAGAAAGCUUGACUCCACAGUAACUGAGAAUGGAGAAAACUGGAGCAUGGGUCAAAGGCAGUUAGUCUGCCUCGGACGUGUUCUCCUUAAGAAAAGCAAGAUCUUGGUGCUCGAUGAAGCUACUGCAUCAGUCGAUACGGCUAUGGAUAAUAUAAUUCAACAGACAGUUAAGCAACAUUUCUCUGAUUGCUCCGUCAUUACCAUUGCUCAUAGAAUAACUUCAAUCCUCGACAGCGACAUGGUUUUGUUUCUCGGUGAAGGGCUUAUUGAGGAAUAUGAUUCACCAAAGAAGUUGCUUAAGGACAAAUCUUCAUCUCUUGCUCAACUAGUUGCAGAAUACACAAGGAGGUCAAACACUGGUUUUGGAAGAUGAGAGCUAAAUUAAACUAGACUAAAAGUUGUGCAUUUGGAGAUGUUUUUCUGGACACAGCAAGAGCAUUUUUAAAUUUUUAAAGGUGUGAGUUGCACCCUGGAAAGAGUAACCCUUUUGUAUUACUAUAUUACAGUAUACUUACACAAGUAAUUUGUUAAUAAACAUUCUACUGUUGAUAUUGUUUAGAGGAUGGUAAUCAAAACUAGAACGGAUUGUGUGGUUCAACCGGUCGGUUUGGGAAUCGGAACUCUAGCUAGUUUGUUUGGACUUAAAAACUGGAUUGCAGAAGAAUUGGAAUUUAAGCCGAAAAAUUGGUCAAAAACUAGAGGUUUAGACGAUUUCUAAGGUCAGACCAGAUUUUGCUUUUGAUUUGUAAAAACAUGAUAAAGGGUAUCGUUUUGAAACAAAAAGUUGUUUGAUUUAAUUUCGUACUUCCUUCACCAAAGUAAAAACUAUUCUCAAUUCAUUCUUUAUUCAUUUGAUGAAUGGAAGUAAAUUUUAUUAUUAUUAUUAUUAUUAUUAGAGUUAAAUAUAUAAAUCUCCUAUAAUAUUAGAGAUUAGAUUUUAGCCGUUGUGUAAUACGGUGGGAGAAUCGACUUUCUAAAAUGUGCGGAUAGCUAGAGUCGCCACCGACUUUUAUUUUAUCCAAUUAGAAAAGACAAAAAGAACAGGAAAGACCUUUUUUUAAAAGAGAUUGAGUUCGGGGAUAGGUUAUACAAAGGGAAGGUGUAAGCACCCUUUAUA